CUUGAUUACACUGUUCAUGGCGUCUCUCCCUAAGCUCAAGACAGGUCGCCUUCUGACAAACAGUUAGGGCAGCGAAAUUACGAACGUGUCGACUUGACGAUGGAGGUGGAGAGUGUCAGUAACAUGGAGGAGGACAGUGGUCUGACCCAGCUGAGGUUUGAGGCUGCCGUCAAAGUCAUCAAAAGCCUACCCCCGGAUGGCCCUUUUCAGCCUUCAAACGACAUGAUGCUGAAAUUCUAUAAGUUUUACAAACAAGCUACGGUGGGACCAUGUAAUGUACCACGGCCUGGGUUUUGGGAUGCAGUUGGCAAAGCUAAAUGGGACGCAUGGAACUCUCUCGGGGAUAUGUCCAAAGAGAAAGCAAUGGCUGCAUAUGUGGAUGAAAUGAAGCUGAUCCUGGAGGGCAUGCCUAUGACCGGAGAGGUGGAGGAGCUGCUGCGUGUGCUGGGACCCUUCUAUGAGCUGGUGGAGGAGAAGAAGAAGAUCACACAGAUAUCGGACAUAAGUGCAGGCUUCGGAACAAUGAUGAAUUCAGUGCAGACCAAGAGUGUGGCAAAGGACAUUGUCAGGAGCAUGGAAUUGAACGGAACUCUAGAGACCAAACCCCGGCUCAUGUCUCAUAUGAAAGAGGUGUCAGAUGAGGAGCUGCAGGAGGAGGCAGAGGAAGAUGACGAACAAGUAUUGCAAGAGAAGAGAGAAAGGAGAUCACCGAAGAAGAAAGGCUCAGCCCGAAGAUAUCUGUCAAAUGGUAAAGUGUCUAAUGGCGGCACUCACCUCACCAAUGGGAACCAUUCAAGAGCUGCUCUGAACAGUGAGGACUCCCAGGAGGCAUUAGAGCCUGUGUUGAACGGACACCACGCAGAUGGAGCAGCUCCUAAUCAUGUGGCCAGUGACUCUGACAGUGAGAUCUACUGUGACUCUAUUGACCAGUUUGGCCAAGAAGAGAACUCUGAGCACAACCGUUCUAUUGAUGACCUGGAAGAGGAGGAGAGCCACAGUCUUCAUCACUUGGCAGGACCAGUUCAGGACAAUGUAGAAGCACGGGGAGUUCAGUGCGGAGGAGAGGAUGGGAAGUCUACUGGAACCAGGCAGAAACCUCGUAUGGAAGGGGAAAUGUCCAGCAGCUCAAUGGCCAGACAAGCACCAGGUUCUGGGUCACAUAGACCUGGGUCUGGGCCUGUAGUACCUUUGCACAGUGGUGGAGAUGGCGCUGGGAGACACUGGGGAGGACCAGGAACCCCAAGCAUCAAUCUGAACGAGCAGAUUGUGGUAGCGCUGGCCAGAUUACAGGAGGAUAUGCAGAGCGUUCUGGAGAGGCUUCACACACUGGAGGCCCUGACUGCUUCCCAGGCCCGUUCAAUGGCUUUGUCUCCCACUUUGCCCUCGACCCCAGUCAACAAGAGGAAUCGGAAACCGUCCUGGUGGCCUUUUGAUAUCUCUCCCACAAGUUUGGCUUUCGCUGUGAUCUGGCCUUUUGUUGUACAGUGGCUCUUGCGCGUAAUCUUACACAGAAGGAGGAGAAGGAUUAACUGAAACCUGCCCUGUUGAAGUUUCAUAUAAACGUCCAGAUGGGUUGUAAGUGGCUAAAACUCCCAACCUGUGAUCUGCUUUUGCACUAAGGAGAGGGCACCAGGAGCAUAUUUUCAUGUUCUUUGGAUGUGGAAUGGGAAGGAUCGGGACAACCUUUUCCGAGUUAACACCACUGUUGAAAUCACAGUGUUUAAAGGUUAAGAGUUAGUCAAUAACUGCAGUAGCUUUCCAGUUAAUUUUCUAUGGCUUUGUUGCACAAAAUAUACAUUUUUGUUAUGCUCGAUAUGGUUAAUUAUCAUAUAUCAUACUGUAUUUUCCACUAGUCGCCCAUGCAAUGCUGCUAAAUAAAUAACUGUAGAGUAGAACAAAGGAAUGAAUGUAAUAAUGUGUCAUGUCCGUUUAAAUAAUUUCUAACUUUUAUUCAAUAUUUAUUGUAAAUGACAGCUACGCGUAUGAAAAGUACUAUAACGAUUAGGAUGUGUGUUCAUUACUAUUACCUGUCAUCAUUCUGUUGGUCGGCCAGUCCAGUGUUUUUCAAAUGAAGAAAAGUGCCUCAACAUCACAGGGUGCAGUAAGGGGCGGCUCCAGUAGUGGCUAAGGGGGGCUAAGAUCUUCCAUGGGUAUGCUCUACUCUUGUCCCAGUCUACAUGCGGGUUAUAGAACCACCCAAUAGGUGCGAAAGGGGAGCUAGGAGAUGUUCAGGUGCAUCAAGUAAUUUAAUAUUAGCACUAAAACUUUGUAGCUAUAAUUGUUAAUAAAAGCGUCUAUCACACAUGUUACCACACUGUUGCCUCGCUAAAUACUGCAGGGUGCAAAUGUAGUUUGCACCCUGCAGUAUUUUAAUGAAACCUAAAGUGGAAUUCUAUGUUUUACUGUGGUCUUAUUUUAAACAUUAUUAGAUUGCUAUUUGAAAAGUUUUGUGCAUGUGAGCAUCCACCAGGUCCCCCUUUUUCUGGCGCCACUCCUGGGUCGUAUAUGGCAUUAUGAUUUCACAACACAGUGUAAGUGUAGCAGGACCAAAUAAACAGUUGUCCUACCUAGUGAGCCAAUUGAGGAACCUGUCUCAAUCUCGAUUAACUGAAAUCAUUGUGAUAUUUUAUGUAUAAAUCAUGUAUGAUCAUUUCUGUAAGAGUGUAUUGUGAAAAUGCGAGUGACUGUAGUGAUGGCAAUUGUUUGCGGAGCUCUAUACUUAUUGUAUACCAUAGCUGUAUAGUUGAUUUAGAUCAAUGAAAUGCAAUAUUUUCAUUGCAUUUCGUGUGCUACUAAUGUAAUAUUGAUCUUAUUGACAGAGGUUGCAUCUGCACUAAUCUUUCCAGAGCCAUUAUGUUUGAAUAUAAUAGUUUACCUUUUUACUGAGAAGGCUUUCUCACCUCUCUGCCUGUGGACAGAGUGGUGUUUGCAUGUGAUAAUCCAAACCUCUAAUAAAGUUUUCAAAGUUCA